AUGGGUCGAAGGAAGAUCGAGAUCAAGGCCAUCAAGGAUGACCGCAAUCGCUCAGUGACCUUUCUCAAGCGCAAAGGCGGCCUGUUCAAGAAGGCCCACGAGCUCUCGGUCCUGUGCUCCGUCGACGUAGCCGUCUUCGUCUUCAGCAACAACAAGAAGCUCUACGAAUACUCGUCGGCCGACAUGCACGAGCUGAUGACCAAGUAUCAGUUUCACGGCGGUCCGAGCGAACACAAGGGCCCGUCAGACUUCAACGGCGGCAACGACGACGACGACGACGACGACGCCGAUGCCACGCCCCCCCAAUCCCUGGGCCCCGACAGCCUCGAGAACCACAUGAUGCCUCCGCAGUACCACCACCCCCACGCCCGACAGCAGCCGCAGCCUCCACCGCCGCCGCCGCCGCCGCAGCAGCAGCAGCAGCAGCAGCAGCAUCUGCCGUACCCUCACGUACGGAAUACCCCUUCAGCCUCGCCGCCCGUCCACAGCGGCGCCGUCUUCCCCGGUCACCCCCACCAGCGACAGCGCAGCCACACGCCUCAGGCCUCGGUGGUGAUAUCCCGCCCGCAUUCGCGCAACGACAGCCACCAUCACCGUAUGGGCCCCGGCAUGCCGCCCCAGACCGGCAACAUGGGCUACCUGCAGACGCCUCCCAUGUAUGGCCAGCAGCAGCCCUCCGCGCCCCCCCCUCCGCCGCCGCAGGCUCAGGGGGGCGGCAUGAUGGGGGGUCCUCAGUACCCCUACCAGGCUUCCUCCCUACAACACCAGCACCAGCACCAGCACCAGCACCAGCACCAGCCCCCGGUAUACAUGGAGGGCCGCCGGUCGUCGGUGCCGCCGACGUACGCCGCGCAAGCCCCCCCGCCGCAGACUGGAUCCAUGGCCCGCCCGAAACCUUCCCCGCCCCAGCCCAAUCAUCAGCACAUUCCCCAGAUAUCCACCACGUCGCCCCCCCAGCCGGACCACGGGCCGGCACACGACCUCCAGCCGCCGCCGCCGCCGCCGCCCGUCAAGAGGGAGUCCAGAUACGAGCCCCGUACCCUGCCGCAACCGCCGCUGCUCAACACGGACACGGCCAUCAAGAAGCUGCCUCCCCAGCGCAAAUCGCACAGCAUAUUCACCCCCAUCGAGGAGAACAGGUCCAUACUGUCUCAGCACCUCGAGUCCUUCUCGUCCGAUUCGCAGACCAGGACGGACCCGGCAACCAUCGUGGCAGCGGCCAACUCGAAUCGAUCGCAGUCGUUUGACGUGGGGGCAGCCGCGGUGCGGACGUCACCGCCCAACCCACCCGGCGGCGCCGGCCCGGGUGGCAGCGCGGACGUCACCCGUCCGGUAUCGGUGCCGUCGGUGCCCGACGCGACGUUCGCGCCGCCUCCGCAGACCGGCAGCCUCAAGUCGGGUGUCGGCUCGGCGGCCGGCGGAUCGCGGCCUCGAGGCCCCCGCCUGACGGUGCAGAUACCCGACGGCGGGUCCGAAGCGGGUGGCAGCGCCACGGAAUCCACCUCGCCCAACAACGCCGCGUCGGCGACCCAGGGGCCCCAACGGCAGAACUCGCACUCGUCCAUCGUCCUCCCGCCCCCGUCGCCGUCGGCAUCGGCGCUCCUGUCGGCGGGGGCUACAGGACCGCCGAACCCGUUUGCCAAGCCCCCGCCGCAGCAGGGCGUCGCGGCUGACACGCCCGCAUCAGCCCUGCCGUCCCGCUUCUUGGGCAACGAGCUCCUCCCCAGCCCGGGCAGCUUCUACAACGACUGGAAUUUCCGAGGUUCCGACACGGGCAAUACGCUACCCAGCCCCCUGAACUUUGCCACGCCCAUAGCCCCGUCCGGUAUGGGCUUCCCAUCGCGGGAUGAAGCUCACCAAGCCGGAAGUAGCGGCAACGCCAGCACUGUUCCGCCUCUGCCGAAGCGCAAGAGUCCCGAUCUUCCAGAGUCUGCGGGUCCAGACACGGGGGAUUCCAAGCGGCCUAGGAUGGAUUGA